AUGGGGCUCCCGCCCGCCUUCGAGCAGGAUGGUGACAUGGGCAUGGAUGGCAGCUUCGCUGUCCAACCAGUGGACAUGGAGGGCAUGGAGGGCAUGGAGGGCAUGACGUUCCAGGGCAUGCAGUUCCUGCCCGAGAUGUACGACCCGAGCUACGGCCAGUACAUGGGCUACGCCUGGGGGGCCAUGCCCAUGGAAGGCGACGCGUGCGCCGCAGGCAGCGGCAUGCUGGAGGACGCCGCCAGGGCCUCCUCACGGCUCCCAGAGCCUGGUCGACGCCGACGGCGGCAACUUGGCUGGCGGUGGUGCCGCCGACCAGGCGCUGCGGACGCCGUGGACCGCGCCGGCGCCAAGGAGGCCAGGCGCAGCAAGGGGCGCAGGGAGGCGCGCGAGGAGGACCGCGCCGAGCGGCGCGGGGGCGCCUCCGGGGGCACCGCGGAGCGCGGCGGCGCCGCGGGCGGCGCAGGCGAGGCUGCUGCGCCCUCAGAGAAGGCGCCGCAGGUCAAGCCUGGUCCGAGGAACCACGGCCAGGAGGAAGAGGAGUACACGACAGUCAUGCUGCGGAAUAUUCCCAACAAGUACACAAGAGAGAUGCUCAUCAAGCAACUGUGCGUCAGCUUUAGCGGGGAGUUUGAUUUCAUGUACCUGCCCAUCGAUUUCAAAAACAAGUGCAACGUCGGCUACAGUUUCAUCAACUUUCGGAACCAAGCGGCGUGCGAGAGGUUCGUGUCGCAGUUCCACGGCGUGGACGUCAGGAAAUGCUUGCCGGGCCUCAACUCGAAGAAGGUGGUUGAGGUCACGCCAGCCAGGGUGCAGGGUCUGCAGGAGAACGUGAGGCGCUUGCGGAACAGCCCUGUGAUGAAUCAGCUGCAGGACCACCCCGAGUGGAUGCCGCUGAUCUUCAACGAAGACGGGCAGGAAGUACCCUUCCCGAACCCUGACCAGCCCCUCCCGCCGGUGAAGCCGAGAGGUAGGAACCGCGAAGCGCAAGCCAGCGCGGACGCAGGAGAAUGA